AUGAGCUCAACCGCGCGACCGACUACGCUGUGCACGUUCGACGUCGACGGGACGCUGAUCCACACUGUAGGUGACAGAGCAAACAAACUGCACAAAGAUGCCUUCGCACACGGCUUCCGCACCGUGUACGGGAUAGAGACCACGAUAGAUGUCGUCUCGCACCAAGGGUCGACGGACAUGUUGAUAUCGGCGGCAGUGAUGCGACAUCACGGAUUGGAUGAGGAGACGAUUCAAGAGCGCAUGGCGACGCACUGCAACGCGAUGUCGCAAUACGCGUUAGAGCGAAAGGCGGACGCGGCGGACGGAUUGGAGCUGUUACCGGGCGUGCUUGAGCUCUUGAGAGAGCUCGCUGAGAGGACGGACGUGGUGGUGUGCCUGGUGACUGGAAACUUACAACCGAUCGCGUGGGCAAAGAUGGAGCGACUUGGCGUAAGCGAAUACUUCACGCUGCCGCGAUUCGGUGGAUUCGGGAGCGAUCAUACCGACCGCGGUGAGCUGGUAAAAUUAGCGGCGACGCGGGCGGGUGAGUUGGUGGACUUGGACGUCGCGAGCGCGCGGCGUUUUCACUUUGGUGACACGCCACAGGACAUCGAAGCAGCCGAACGCUCUGGAGCGACAGCCGUCGGGCUGCUCACGGGUAUAUUUUCGCGCGAACAGCUCGUCGAGAGCUCCAAGCUAGACGAUCCUAUAAUUUUUCCCGAUCUCACGGACACGAGGGCGGUGAUGCGAGCGCUCGGUCUGGAGUGA